AUGACUCACUGCUUCCAGACUAGUAAUUUGCUUCUCAAGGAUGAUUCCCUAAGUCUGGAAUGUCUGCCAAUGGAACUCCAGAGAAAUUUCAACUUAAUGCGGGAUUUGGAUCAACGAUCACAAGAUGUAUUAAAAGACAUUGACAAAAUGUCAGAAGAAUAUUUGAAAAACGUCAAACAUUAUUCGUCAGACAAACGAACAAAACAGAUGGACAAUAUUAAGAAAUUAUUUGGGAAGAGCCGAGAAUACGGAGAUGACAAAGUACAGCUGGCCAUGCAGACGUACGAAAUGGUGGACAAACACAUACGGCGGCUGGACUCUGACCUUGCAAGGUUUGAGGCAGAGCUGAAAGAGAAGACAUUAAAUGCCAAGACAGGUGGGGGCAGUCAGAGUACCCCAGGGCCAGACACUGGGCAGAAAAAAAAAGGUGACAAAUCAGAGAAGAAGAGAAAAAAAGGACAAAAAGAUGAUUUUGAUGAUGAAAUUCCAAGGAAGAAGAAAAAGAAGAACCAGCCAGUAGAGCCAGAGUAA